AGCAGUCUCUGUGUGUCUGUGGAUUAAGAAGCAUAUCAAUUGACAGUAAAGUAGGAGAUUCUACAGUUCAGAAUGAAGAUCUUGGUUUUUCUUGCCCUCCUGGGUCUACACAGCGCAGCGGGAGUGACUCACUCUCUGAAGUAUUUCUACACUGCGUCCUCUCAAGUCCCAAACUUCCCAGAGUUUGUGGCUUUUGGAUUGGUUGAUGAUAUUCAGAUUGAUCACUAUGACAGCAACACUGAGAGAAAGGUACCCAAACAGGGCUGGAUGAACAAAGUCACAGAAGAUGAUCCACAGUACUGGGAGAGAAACACUGAUGUCCUUAAGGGUCACCAGCAGACCUUCAAGGUCAACAUUGAAACUGUGAAGCAGCGCUUCAACCAAACUGGAGGUGCCCACAUUGUCCAGUGGAUGUACGGCUGUGAAUGGGACGAUGAGACUGGAGAGGUUGAUGGUUAUGAACAGUUUGGUUAUGAUGGAGAAGACUUCAUAGUACUCAAUCUGAAGACAGAGACAUGGAUCGCUCCAAAACAACAGGCUGAAAUCACCAAACGGAAGUGGGACAAUGACAAAGCUUACAACGCACAGAAGAAGAACUACCUCACCCAGAUUUGCGUUGACUGGCUGAAGAAGUAUGUGAACUAUGGGAGGAGCUCUCUGAUGAGAACAGAGCUUCCCUCCACACAUUCUCUCCUCCAGAAGACUCCCUCCUCUCCAGUCAGCUGCUUCGCUACAGGUUUCUACCCUGACAGAGUCAUGAUGUUCUGGAGGAAAGAUGGAGUUGAGCUUCAUGAGGACGUGGAACGUGGAGAGAUCCUCCCCAACCAUGAUGGAUCCUUCCAGAUGAGUGUUAAGCUGGACGUUUCAUCAAUCGCACCUGAAGACUGGAGGAGGUACGAAUGUGUGUUUCAGCUCUCUGGUGUGAAGGACGACAUCAUCAUCAAUCUGGAUGAAAUAAGAAAGCCUGGUUUCCCUCUUGGUGCUGUUAUCGGAGUUGUUGUUGUACUGCUGCUCCUGGUAGUCGGCAUCGCUGGAUACUUCAUCUGGAAAAAGAACAAGAAGGGAAAGGAAGGGUUCAAACCUGCCAACACUUCUGACAGCGGCUCCGACAACUCUCAGCAAGAGAUUCCAAAAGCCUGAAUAACAAACACACCAACCUGCACACAGUUUACGGAUGAAUCGUCCACUGGAACAAACACAGAUCCCAAAUUCUCCAGUUCAUCUGUAAACUGAAUAAAUUAGUUUUGAUCAUUCGUGUUAUAAAUUUAGAAUUACAGUCGGAGAGUUAAAAUCUGGUCAAUCUUGUAGUUUGUGAUUACUAAAAUUGUAUUACGACUUAAAAUAACAAUUUAAAAGGCAUAUUUGUCCUAAAAAAAAUGGCAAACAUUUUAGAGACAUUAUCAAACUUAAAUCUUGUGUUAAAUUAUUUUGAUCGUGCAUUUUGAAAUAAACAAAAAUACUUCAAUGAUGUUAAACACAAUUAGAUUUUUAUUUGGAGAGACGUAAAACCAGACGUGUCAGAAAACCAAAGCAUCACAUCGCUCCUCAUACAUACGCAUAAAUAAAUAAUACACAAUAUACAUCGUUUUUUCUGGUGGUGGGUUUUACCUGGUAAAAUCAAGCAGAAAUACACACUCACACACACACACACACACACACACACACACACACACACACACACACACACACACACACACACUUGGGUUGGGCAGUAAAAUGUGACAUGAUUAAAAAUGUUUGCUGUUCUUUGUGUCUCUGGUUGUAUCACUGCAGACAACUUAAUGGUAAAAAUGAUAAAACUGGCUUUUAACUGUAAUCAGUUGGAUGAAGUAUCCCUAUAUCCCUGGUAUUUAUAAUAAUUCAUAGGGUCAGACAAAAUCCUGUCUGAUUAUUUUAUCUAUAAUCUGUUGAUUGAUUGAAUUUGCAGAACAAUGUACUGUAUAUGUAUAUUUAUAUCUCCAGUGAUAUAAAAUUAAAUCUACAGUAAUAGAAAGUUUUCAUACUGCCCACCCCAAGCACUCAAAUACACACAAUCAACAUGAUUGUCCAGUUGUGUAAAUACUUUUGCUUGUUUAUUUCUUUAAAAUUGAUUAGUUAAAAGUUAGAGAAUAAUUAGAUUGGAUUAAUUAGUAAUAAUUUAUAUGUUUGAUGUGUUUUAUUAAUAAGUUGUUUUUUCCAUAUUGUUAUAUUUGAAUUUUAGUUUGGUUAGUACAAGGGACAUAGGUUUUCUUUCUCUGUUGAGUUUCAGUAAACAUGUUGUAAAAUGUUGGGGUGCACAGGUGGUCGAGUGGUUAAGAGCACAUGCCACGUAUGCAGUGGACACCGGUUCGAAUCCUGGCUGGAAGACCCUUAAAAUAAAAUAAAUGACGGUGCCUGUGCCUGAAAAAAAUCUUCAAAAAAAACAUGUAAGAUGUUAAAUAAUAAUGUUUAAAAUCACUUAAUGUUUUGGAUUACAGAAAUUUGUGUCAAAUUCAGCUGCACUGCUGUUUGAUUGCUUUUGUAUUUUGCUUUUCAAUAAAUUUCCCCAAAUUCCAAAA